GCCAUGCUCACUACUCGUAGCUCGCGCCAGGACGCGGGCGUGGCUCCUUCCAGGCCCAAGCCCAAAGCCCAAAGCCAGGCCCAAAGCGUGGUGAUGAUGCUCGUUGCUACAACAGUCGCCCUACUGCUGCUGCUCGGCUUCAGCACGAGCCAAGGCGCUGCCGCGGCGGUGGACGGACCUCGACCUCGCUCCUUCUUCUGGUUCAACGAUGUGACGCCAGCGCUGCCGCCGUUCCCACCACACCAGCCGCCGCUGCCGCCGUCGCCACCUCCACCGCACCCGCCGCUCCCGCCGCUAGCGCCGCCGCCGCCUUCGCCACCGCCGGAUGAGUUCGACUGCCACGAUCUCGGCGGCUUCGACGCAACCAUGUUCCGUGGGAUGAUGAGUCAGUACAUGGAGCGUUUCUACGGAUCUCUGCCGACCGCACCGCGCGAAGGCCGCGAGUACCGGCGGCUCGGAACGAUGGAGAUCGUGCGGUACAACCUGAGCUACACCAACAUCGAGCUCGGCGAGGCAAAGCUGCUCGGCUGCAGAAACAAGGGCGCCAACAAAUGGUGGGACCCGGUCGAGAAUGAGCUCGACGAGAUCGGCGACUCGGUCAGCGAGAUGCUCGGCCCGCUCGCGCCGUACAUCGGGCCAAGUAAGGGCUCGCGGCUGAUCGAGUUCGACACAGUCACGCUGGAGAUGGAGGUCAAGUCGUUCGGCCUGAGCAUGCAGUCCCACGUGACGGAGUUCGGCUUCGGCGUCGGCGGAGGGACGGCGACAGCGACGGGCUCCGGCAAGGUCUGGCUCGACAACCUGUCGAUCCGGCUCGCAGACGUGCUGGCGGGGGUGGGUGCGGGCGGGCCGCCGGGCGGGGGAGGCCCGCUCGGCUGCGGCGCCGAUUUCGAGGUCGACCUCAAGUUUGAUGGCACCUUUGAGGGGCUUGGCUUCGAGCGGCUGUUCGGCUCGGGCGGGCCGCUGGCGCCCGAUGUGACGGGCAUGCUCUGCGACGGCCGAGAGAGCGGCGGCAGUCUCCUCGACUCGGGCUGGCAGUGGCGCGGCCCAGGCCCCGCGCCGGUCGGCAUCCGGCAGCAGACGAUGACGUACCUGCAGGAGCGGUGCGACCCGUCAGACCCACUGACAAAGCUCUUCGAGCGCUGCAUGUUCGUCACCGAGUGGCUGCCCGCGGGCGCGCGCGGCGCCGCCGCAGAGAUGCGCGCAGCGCUCCACAAGGCGCGCGGCUGAGGACCCAGGGAAGGUCGUGCGUACAACAGCAACGGCACCGCUCCUGGCCCAUCGCAUGCCGAGUGCGUGCGAGGGCCGCUGAUGCGCGUGUCCCGUCUCUCCAUUCUCAAGGUCAUGUGUGGUGUCGAGGGUGUGCAGUGGCCACAUUAGCCCGCCCUCCACGCUCCCCCGUCCUCUACGACUACGUACUACGUUCAUGAUCAUCUCAUCAAACACAUUGUCAU